GUUAAAACCUAAACCGAUCUCUAAAAUCUGACUUAUUGUCCUUGCAAACCCAAUUGGAGUCGCCUAGUUAAACAAAACCGCAAAAGAAUAGUAUUAUUACCUUCACAUAAGACUCACUUUCAAACGCCGGGUCACGCACGCAUGAAAGUGUGCAGUAUUUGUUGUCAAGUUUCGGAAGUAUUAACAAUGCGCGGUGACCGCGCCACUGACACGGACCCAUUUCCCUUUGUGCGCUAACAGUGCUAAUUGCCCUCCACUGAAGAGUUUUCAAGAAAGCUAGUGACUUCGCGACUGUUAGUCGCGCUCUGAACGCUAAAGCGGCAUACACUUAAACCGACUGUAUUUUUUCUCAUAAAAUGUUUAAAUCUAAAGUGUGCGUUAUAUUUGCGCUGGUUGUGAUUUACAGCGCAACGACGGAUUCUAGAAAAGUGGAGUAUCCGUUUUUGAAUAAUAGGAAUUUCGACUGCGGCCCUUACGGCUUCACGUGCGAAGGACAGGCGAAACUGAGACUGUGCGAGGGGCCAAAUCUGUUUGGGCCUUCGUUUCUGUGCCCCCCGGGCACAAUAUGCAACGAAGAUUCCAGCGAUGUUUGUGAAAACGUUAACAACUACAUCGAACCGUCUUUCGGUAAAACGAUACGCUGCCACAGACACGAAAGGAUCGCCGACCCCAGCGUGUCGGGAUGUAAAGGCUACAUCCUUUGCAUCCCUAACAAGAAUCGUUUCCAAGGCAUCAAAUUCAAGUGUUCGGGAACCACAAUUUUCAACGGUUACACGCGAGCGUGCUCUGCGCCUGACAAAUACAAGUGUCCUAUAGCAAACACUACUCAAGCGAACGAUUUUUACAUUGAAAGCAACAGGAGAAUUGAUACUCGCCAUGAUGUUGAAUUCGAGAAUAAGCCAACAGCGCCUCGCCCGAGGCCUAUUGACUGUAAGAACUACAAGUUCACAGUGACACAAGGCCAGAGCCCGGCGAAGGCGGCGUACUUCUGCCCCUCGCGGCCGGUGCCAGGCGAGCGCGCCGUCCGCUGCACCGUGUUCUCCAAUCAGUUCUGCAUCACUUUGGAAAGGUACAAUGAGGACCAGUUCGUUGAAAGCUCGCGAGCUGCUUACCGAAGGCCACGGUUAAAUCAUUUUGUAACAGAACUCAAUAAUGAUACCAAAAUGUCAUUUUAGAUACAACGUCAUAUUUUAUUACUGGACUCUUGUCCAGGCCCUGCCAUUGAGAGAUUAAUUAUGUUGUGUAUACUCGUAGAAAUGAAAUGUAGUAUACUGAGACAACGUUGCAAGAUUACUCCUUGUUUAGAAUAUUAGCGACAGACCAAGACAAGUCUGCAACGAUUUGGAUAGCACACGCAAUGCAAGAGUGAAGGGGCCCACUGAUUAACAGUCCGCCGGACGGUAAUGGCCUGUCAGUUAGAAAAAAAAGUUGACAGUUCCGAACCAAUGACAGGCCGAUACCGUCCGGCGGACUGUUAAUCAGUGGGCUCCUUUACGUAUUUUAAACGUCAAACUUCUAUGAAAUUAUGACGUAUAAAUAACACUUACACUGCGUGUGCUGUCAAAAUCGUUGCAAACUUGUCUUGGUCUAACUCUAGCCACAUCCAAAUCGGAUAAUGUGUUAUAUUGCAAUAAAAAAUCUAUACCUUUG